GUUUGAGGCUCACUGAAGAACAAAUUAAGAACCUAGACCUUGCUGAGAUUGAGAAUUUAUUAAGACGCCAUGGGACAACUCUUCGUGAAUACGAGACUAUGCCGUUUCCGGAUAUGGAUAACAUCUAUUCAAGUUCGGAUCGUCUAAUUUUGGAUGAAUUGAAUUAUGAUCGAAAGGCCCUCGCUGUUGAACACGAAAUGCUUCUUAAUAAAAUGACAGCCGAACAGAGGAGUGUCUACUCAAGAAUUAUGUCUGUUGUUGAAUCCGGCCAAGGAGGACUCUUUUUUGUAUAUGGUUAUGGUGGAACCGGCAAGACGUUCCUGUGGAGGACUUUAUAUGCUGGUUUGAGAUCCAAAGGAGGUAUAGUCUUAUGUGUCGCAUCCAGUGGAAUAGCGUCCCUUUUGUUGCCAGGUGGACGAAU